GCGUUUGUGUUGAUGUUUUGAAAAGUUUUUUUGUGCGAAGAAAAUGUUAAUUUAUUCCUUUGCUGCGUAAAGUGUUUUGAGAAAGUAAUUUUGGGGCAAGAUAGGAGAAUCCGUGAGAGAUGUCGUGGCUCAAUUUGGACAGCCUCAGCAAUAUAAAGGGGCAAAUAACGAAGGUGAUCCAGGAGACGGUCGUUCAGCCAGCACAGGAGGAAGAGGAUGAAGUUGACCACGUAGUCAAAUUAGAGAAUGCCACAAAGAGAGUUGAGGAGCUCACUGAGCUCUGCACAACGCAGGAUCAGGAGCUCACGACGCUUCGGAGGCAGAUUCUUGAAUUACAGCAACAGCAGCAAAGUAAAUCCGCUGAAUGUGGGCCUGGAAAAUCGACUCAGGAAGGAAAUGUUCCAAUCGAUGAUAGCUGGUUCUGGGAACCAGACAACAAUACAUCCUCCUCAUCGUCCAAGAAUGAGGAGAUUCUGUCCAAAUCCCCAUCAGGGGGUGACUUAACAAUCAUCCCGCUGGAUCAGUUGAGUGACACAGAAAUCCAGGAGCGUCACCAGAGGCGCUUCGAGGAGGCCGAAGGGAAGCUGAAGAAGGCAAAUCUCGAGAAUGCGCUGCUGAGUGAGAAGGUGAAGCAGCUCCAGGGAGAGAAUCGUGACCUCAAUGAGAACAUUGAGGAGCUGGACAAGCAGCAUGGGGUGAUUGUUGAGAAUCUCCUGGCGCAGAAGAAUCAACUGCAGGAGAAGUUGAAUGAGGCGAAGGUUUCCGUUGAGGCUCUGGCGAGGAUGAAGAAGGAUCUCACGGACUUGGCGUCGAAGCAUGAGAAAGUGGAGAAUUCCUACGUGGCCAGUGUGCAGGAGAACAUCACGAUUAAGGCACAAAUGGAUGCAAUAAACGCCGAACUCCGUCGGGCUGUUUGUGAGAAUGUUGAACUUGUGGCUGCGAUGGAGAUGAAGAAUGAAGAGCUGAAGAAUCUUCUGCGGGAGAAGGAGAACCUCCAGCGGGAAUUCCAGGAGUUUGUCGUGAAGAUGACGGGCGAGAGGGAGAGUGAGACGACCACGGUGAAGCAGCUCACGGAUAAAAUUCAAUUCCUCGAGGAGGAUGUUCAGAAGUCAGCGAGCUACUCAACGGAAAUCCAGAGGAAGGUCGUGGAGAUCAGUGAGGAGCUUGAGAGGGAGAAAAUGGAAAAGCGGAAGAUUCAGGAGGAAUUUAGCGCAUUCCGUGAAUCGGAAAUUUACAAAAAUUCCACAGAUUCGGAGAAGUUGGAAGAUCAGGAGUUGCAGGAGAUGAAGAAGAAGUUCCCGGUGCUUGAGGAGGAAGUCCGGGAGGCAAAUCAACGGGCUGAGGAGGCGAAGAAGGUCCUCAAGGAGGUGCAGGAGAAGUGCAAUGGGCUCGAGGUGGAGAAUAAGCAGCUGAGGGAGGAUCUUGUGGCACUGCAGGAGGAUGAUUUGGAUCUCCAGCGCAGCUUACAUGCCCUGGAGAAGCAACAGGAAUGCUUUGAGCAGACUUGUGUUGAGAAGAAGCAACUUGAGCAGGAUUUCACGGCGCUCCAGGAGGAUGAUUUGCAGCUGCAGAGGGAUUUUAAUGAUUUAAAGGAGAGGUAUCGAUGCCUGGAGGAAGAAUGUGAGACCACAAGGAGUCACCUGAAGGGCAUGGAGGAGAAAUUCCGCGAGAAUGAGAGAAAUCUCGAGGAAAUGAAGAGGAAAUGCGAAGAAGUUUCCGCGGAAUGUGAUCAGGUGAAGAUUGAGAGGAGACAGAUUGAGCAGGAUUUUACAGCGCUUCAGGAGGAUGAUCUCAAUCUCCAGCGGGAAUUCCACACGUUCCAGAAUGAUAAUUACCAGAAACUCUCGGAGGAAAAUAAUAAUCUCCAACGGCAGAUUAUUGAUCUUCAAUCGAGGAUCAAUAGUUGCAGCGUUGAGGAGAUUGGAGACACCAAAGUCUCCUCAUCGAAGAUCCGGGAACUUCUUACGGGUUUUGGUUGUCCGGUAGUGGGUGAGGAUGCCCUUCAGGCUCUGCAGGGCUUCCUGAAAUCCACUCAGGAUACAAAAUACAAACUCGAGGCGGUUGAGAAGCGUCUCACGGAAGCUUACAGUGGGGUGAAUCAGCAGAAAGAGGAGAUCCGGAAGCUGGAGCAUGAGAAGAAGACAAUCCAAGCGGAUUUGAUGCACUACGAAAUUGAAUGCAGCGAACUCAUGAAGAACAAUGAAAUUCUCGUGCAGGAACUCGAAGAGAUUAAAUCCGGGAAGUUGGAGACAAUUCAGGAGAACAGCGAGGAAGCCGUUGCAAUGCUUGAGAAGCAACUUGAGGAGUGCAAUGCCAUCAAUCAGGGACUCGAGAGCGACAUCCGGGCGCUGACGAAUCGCCUGGAUGACAUGGAGAACACACAGGAGGAGCUUCUGCUGAAAAUCUCCCAUCUCGACGCGGAGAAUGCCCAGAAAGGUGCAAAAAUAUCUGAAUUGAAAGCUCAGGUAAGCAGUCUUGAGAAUGAAAAGUCAAACUUGAACUUUGAGCUGAUGGAGCUGAAAGUUGAGGGCACAAAAACACCCCAAAUUGAGCAGGAAAUUGCAAAGUAUCAAGAAGAAGUCUCCAAGCUCCGGGAAGACAAUGAAGCAGCCAAGAAGGAGAUUCAACGCCUGAUGGAGGAAGCUGAGCGGAAAGAUAAACAAUUUGGGGAGAUGAGUCACGCAGCUGGUGAUGUGGAGAAGCUCAGAGAAGCCAUGGAUGGGUUGACGAGAGAAAAGAAUGAGCUCAUCAAUCUCGUGACAGUCAAACACAAUGAGAGUGUUCAGUAUCAUGCAGAAAUUCAGCGUCUGAGUCAACUCCUUCAGCAGGAAAUGACUAAAACAUGCCCAAAAUGCCCUGAAAUGGAGAAAACUCUUCAAGAUUAUCAAGCCACCAGGCUGAGAAUGGCUGAACUUGAGAAACUUCCGGAUCAGAUUGAUUGUCUCAAGGAAAAAUCAACUCUCCUCACUAAUUCCCUGCUGGAAGAGCAACAGAAGGCAAAAAUUCUGAUCAGGGAGAAGCAGGAGCUACGGGAUGAGAAUGCAAAUCUCACGCGAGAUUUGGAGCGUCUUCGGCAGCAUCUGGUGUCCGUGGAGGAGGAUCAAACCACGCAAAUGGUGGAGUUGCAGCGACAAGCGGAGGAGUACAGGAAUAAACUGACGCUCCUGGAGCAGGAAGCACAGAAAUCCAGCAAUGCAUACACAUCAGCCAGUAUUCGAGCUAAUCAGCACGCUGAAACACUCCAAGCGCAGUAUAUGCUCCUGAGUCAGCAGCGGGAUGAAUUGUCGUCAAAACUCAGCGCAGCUGAAGACAAAGAAUCCAAGAAUCAAGCUGCUCUUAUUAAUCUUCAAUGCGCUCUUGAGCAAUUCCAGAGAGACAAAGAUCGGGACAUUGAGGCAACAACAUACAGAAUUAGGAAACAAUUGGAGGACGAAAGGAAAGCUCACAUGGAUGUUCUAACAGAGAUUAAAAAUCUCCAAGGACAGCUAGCGGAGGCUAAGACAGGCCUCCUAGCUGCUUCCCGAAUUUCCGAUCAACUAGAACAGAGUCAGGCGAAUUUAUCAGCUCAGAAGGAAGAGAUGCAAAAACUCCAGGAAAAAUGCGCAAAGUUGGAACAUAAAUUGGUCGAUGCGGAGACAAAUCAGGCGGAUAAAGUGGAGAAGACGCUGAUUAAGAAUUUGGUCAUUGGGUACGUGGCAGCUCCCAAUGCGGGAGAUAAGUCACAAAUUCUCAAACUCAUAUCAGCUGUGCUGGACUUUAAUCAGAAUGAAGCUGACAAGAUUGGGCUGAAGCCAUCGCAGACAUGGGGCAGUCAAGGAGGAGAUGAAGCGCAGGGAUUGGCACAGGCCUUUGUGAAGUUCCUGGAGAAGGAAUCCCAGCCACGGCAGCAACCAACAGCAGCCUCCUUGCUCAACAUUACCCACACAAAGACCCCCGCGGCGAGUCCCAAAGCUCCGGAAACUGCCACAUCAGCUACUCCAGCUCCUGUUCAGCCUAUUCUUCUCUCAGAUAACAUCCUCCAAGCUCUGGCCCCGCCACGGAAUUCCAGUUCAAUCCUCAAAGAUAUCCUCAAUGACACCUGAUUGUAGGCAGGAUGUUGCGAUUAUUCCGGGAGAGGGUUUUUAAGCUUCCACAGUAUCUAUUGUACAUUCUUUUGUCAUAUGUAAUGUUAAUAAAGACGUUGAGAAAAUUCAA